GCACACAGACAAUUCAUAUUACCAUCUGGCAAAGCAAGAAUUGCAUUUUCACUUAAAACUAGACGUUCCAUCAAAUAAGAUUUUAACACCAAAAAAUGUCCACCGUGUCCACCUCUGUGUUGUUGGCGAAUCGCCUGUACAAUGUACAAAAUCAUUAUUUGAAUGCAGAGACGGCUGACGUCUUUUUCAUUUGUGGAACUGAAGAAAUAAAUGAACUCAUUCCUGCUCACAAAAUCCUUCUGGCCGCUUCUACUGAUGCCUUUGAUAAAAUGUUCUACGGUACACUACGCGAGGGUAACGAGUUUCACAUAGUCGAUGCAACACCGAACGGUUUCCGGCAAUUUCUGCGCUAUUUCUACUUCAACGAUUUGCAGCUCAGCUUAGAUUGCAUCGAUGAACUAAUAUAUUUGUCCAGAAAGUAUCUUCUCAAUGCGUAUCUCGCUGACUGUUGCACAUUUCUAUCGGAACAAAUGGAAGCAGAAGGAAUCCUCAUCGGAUAUGAGCAAUCGAUUCGAUUUCAAUUAGCAGAAUUGAAGAAGAAAAUGGAAUAUUCUAUUGGCGAGCGAUCGGAGAUUGUUUUCUAUUCGGAAUACUUUGCGGCCAUCAAUCGCGACCUUCUGAAUCAAGUAAUUCAGAUACCAGCUGUACGCAUAGAGCAUUAGAGCAAUCAAAGUUAGUGUUCAAUGGUUGUAUGUUGUGGGCGGAAGCAGCUUGUAAACGGUCAAACAUGGAUGCAUCGGUUAUGCAAAAUCUUCGCAAUCAAUUAGGCGAUUGUUUUCACUGUAUUGAAUUCAGUGCAAUGAAACGCAAUGAAAUCACAGAAUGCGUUGAAAAAUGCGGUGACUUGUUUACGACCGGAGAGUUACAAGGAAUUGUUUCCAUGAUAUCAGCGAAGUUUACAGCAAAAUGUAGUCAGAGUCAGGACGUUCUCGAACUCCAAAUUUCUAAACUAACUGGUGUCAUUGUGGAAAUAUCUGAAGGAUCACAAGAGGAGCUCCGAUUCAUUCCGAAGGAAGGAAUGCUGCUGAUGUCUUUUUCAGUAUCUGAAUUUUCAGGAAUAGACGG